AUGUGCAGCGCCGCAGCAGGCGGUGCAGCGGGGCCGCGCAGCAGUACGCGCCGCGCCGCUGCGGCUGCAGGGCUCACGCAGGUGCAGGAGCAACAGACGACGCAGUGGUGGCGCCGCUUCAUCCCCCAGCAGCAGCCGCGUCCCGACGAGGCGCUGGAGCAGAUCCGCCAGGUCAACGAGGCCGAGCUCGAAGAGCUGCUGCUGGCCGCAGAGUCCUCCGGCAGCCCCGUGGUCGUCACGUUCAGCGCCCACUGGUGCGGCCCCUGCAAGCUGCUGACUAAGCAGCUCGUCGCAACCCGCGCCGACCUGCGCGCCGCGGGCGGCGCGGGCGCCGGCGCCGAGUUUGUCAAGGUCGAGGCGCCGGAGGAGGAGGCGCUUUCCAGCCGCCUGGGCGUGCACCAGCUUCCCUGCACCUUCUUCGUGGGCGCGCAGGGGCGUGGCCGGCCGGCGCUGCGGAUGGAGGGGCUGCUGGCGGCGGCGGUCAUAGAGGAGGCCAUCACUGGCAAGAGCGCCGUGCUCGGGUCAGACCUGCGGCGCGCCAUCAAGCUCUGA